AACAAAGCGUUUCUGGUUGCGUUAUGCAUGCUAAGAUGACCAUCACUAGAUGCUGUAAGAUGAUAGUGCAAAUCUGCGUAGUGUAGGUUCGAUAUAUGCCAUACUAUUAUAGCUCCCCAUCGGUUUCCAGCGGUGAGUACUACGAUGAGGAUGACUUAGUGGACGCCACUGAGUACCAGGUGGCAGCACCACCGCCGUACGUGCCGAUUCGGUCCUACAAUGUCAACAAGUACUAUCGAGGUGGCGUCGGAAAUUUCGGUCAGCACGCUUGCACCACCGUUACGCCCGGCUACCUAGAUUUACGCGAGAAUCAUCGCGGCCACUAUCGUGAUCCAGCGAGAGAGGUACGCAGAGAGAACCACACCAAUUUUACCAUAAUGUCGAAUGAAAUCGGCGCAGACGCCGAGCAGAGCCCGAGAACGCCUCCCAAACCUGGCAGCAGUGGUGGGGGAGGUGGUGGUGGGGCUGAUGGUGGAAGCACCACAAACACAACCGCACCGGUUCUUAGUGGGCCACUGACGAUGGCUACCGGAGAGAACGGUCCGGCGAGCCAGGUUAGUGGUUUACAAACAUCCCAAAGUAACGCAACGGUUGGCGCUGCGGCCGGAUCCACUAGCGCUGUGACCCAACAAGCGACCAGUGGUAAUAAUAACAAUAUCAGCGGUCAAAAGGAGGCUAGAGAAAGUGAACCUACGCUUCCACUGGCGAAACCAAAACCUUUAAUCAGAAGCAAAGAAUCGGUGUCACCGUUACAUUUGAAACGAGCCGGAGUAGCCGGACAAAAGCCAACCUCUCCGAUAAGGAACAACAAUGGAAACUUUGAUGCCAGUCCAGUAGGGGACAGUGAUGUUCUUGGUACGGCUGGGGAUUCAACUGGUACGCGUCAGCAGAACGCUCCGAUAAAUCCGAAUCUUCCGACGCGUCCUGUCGGGGGAAUAAAACCUCGCAAGGGCGGCUGGAGAGGCCGUCCCGAUAGUGAAGCGUUUGUUAACAACAAUCUUUCGCCAACGGACGACGACGAAAGUGGUCCCGUGGUGAACACACGGAACGUGAAUCCGGUGAUAACGAGUAACGUGGUGGUUAAGAGUGGUAAAAUCGGUUCUAGUGGAGGCGGUGCGAUAGGUGGUGGUGGCCGCGGUGGCUGGGGUGCAAACAAACGACGACCAGCAGGAGCAGUAACAGCAGCAGCAGGGACACCAGCUGUACUGCCGAACAGUCAGGCUCAGAGUCCUACGGGGGGUUCACCGGUUGGGAUCAUAGGAGCGGCCACGGUGCCGCCUUCCAUGGACAAUCAAAGUGAAAUCUCAUCCUCUCAACCCCAGACAACACCGGUCCAUCCGGUCAUUGGCGGAGCGGGGCGUACAAGCUCUCGCACCGAUCUUUCCCUUGAGAAUAUUCCCGGUCCGUCCGGCUUACUGCCGCACAACCCGGGUGUACCAGGCACCAUCGGGGGCAAUCCGCAAUCCAGGUACUCAAACCUGUCGUUCUGGAAGGCUAGGCGGGUGCUAUUCUACCGGAAUGGCGAUCCCUUCUUCCCGGGCGUUGAGUUCCGGUUCAAACCCGGGCGUGACAUUUGCACACUGGAGGCGCUGCUGGAUAAGAUCUCCGCCCGGAUGGAUCUGCCCCGCGGUGCCCGCUACAUCUUCUCGAUGGACGGUGACCGCAAGUAUUCGCUGGACGAGCUCGAGGAUGGCUCCAGCUACGUAGUAUCCUCGUUCAAAGUCUUCAAGCCCGCUAGCUAUGGUAAGAAAAAUGGCGUUUGGUACGCCUCGCCGGGAAAUCAGGGCUGGGGUGGCGCGAGUCGCCUGAGCCGAAAGCCGUCGGUGACCGAAGUGGACAACAUGCCCUCGGGCAGCCUCAAACCGAGCGCCGGACGGGUCAUCCGGAUUAUCAACAGCCAUGAUCAUAGUGUUCAGUGCCGUGUGCUGCUUAACCUCCGCACUUCACAACCCUUCGAGGAGGUCCUGGAGGACCUUGGCCAAGUGUUGAAAAUGAUAGCCGCCAAAAAGAUGUACACCAGCAAUGGCCAAGAGGUGCGCAGUUUCUCCCAGCUACGCAACGAGUUCGCCGAGGUCGACACGUUCUAUCUGAGUAACACACCCUCGCUGCCCCUGGGGGCCCUAGGUCCUGGAGCAAUACCUCCCUCGCCAGCCCGUCGCUCCCGCUCGCGGCUGGGCGGUUCGAUGCCGGAUGAUUUAUCCAAGACCACAGCGCGCCAGCGGGCACGCAGCAAAAGUAGACCCCGGGCACUGUACGCCCCGGAGAAUGAACUGGUACGAGCCUCGUCCGAUUAUCCACUGCUGGACUCGAUGAAGGAGGAACCCACCCGCAUCACGAUACGGGGACACCGCCGGACCUUCUAUCCACCGAUGCAUCAUCCACCAGUUGACAAUGCUCCGCCGGAUAAGAAACUAACCUUGUUCUGGGUACAUGGUUACCGCGGAAUAGAUUCGAAGAGAAAUCUUUGGGUACUACCAUCGGGAGAGCUGCUGUAUUACGUUGCCGCCGUUGCCAUUCUAUACGAUCGAGAAGAGGAAGCUCAGCGGCAUUACACCGGUCACACCGAGGAUAUCAUGUGCAUGGAAGUACACCCCUCGCGGGAGCUAGUCGGAUCCGGCCAACGGGCCGGACGUGAUCGCAAAUCGCAGGCCCAUGUCCGCAUCUGGAGUACGGAAUCCCUGCAGACACUGUACGUGUUCGGCAUGGGAGAGCUGGAUUCUGGCGUACUGGCGGUGGCCUUCUCCCAGCUGAACGGAGGCAGUUACAUCCUCGCGGUGGAUGCCGGCCGUGAGAGUAUACUGUCGGUGUGGCAGUGGCAGUGGGGACAUCUUCUCGGUAAAGUUGCGACGCUGCAGGAGGGCAUCUGGGGUGCAACAUUCCAUCCACUGGACGACAAUCUAUUGAUCACACACGGCAAGGGCCACUUGGCAUUCUGGCAUCGUCGGAAGGAUGGGUUCUUCGAGAAAACGGACAUUAUCAAACCGCCCUCGAGGACGUUUGUUACGUGUGUUCAGUUCGAACCGGAUGGUGAUGUUAUCACCGCGGAUAGCGACGGUUUCAUAACAAUCUACAGUGUAGAUGCCGAUGGGGCGUACUUUGUGAGGAUGGAGUUCGAGGCACACAACAAGGCCAUCUCUUGUUUGGUGAUGCUAUCCGAGGGUACACUCAUCUCGGGAGGUGAGAAGGAUCGCAAGAUUGCGGCCUGGGAUUCGUUGCAGAACUACAAGAGGAUAACCGAUAUCAAGCUACCGGAAUCAGCCGGUGGAGUGCGCACCAUUUAUCCACAGCGCCCGGGUCGAAACGAUGGCAACAUUUACGUUGGAACAACGCGCAACAACAUAUUGGAGGGAUCACUGCAACGUCGCUUCAAUCAGGUCAUCUUUGGUCAUGGUAAGCAACUGUGGGCGUUGGCAGCGCAUCCGGACGAUGAGGUGUUCGCGACCGGUGGCCACGAUAAGUUUGUUGCGCUGUGGAGACGACACAAACUUAUUUGGACCUCGUCGGUGGGCUAUGAGAUCAUUUCACUGGCGUUCCACCCGUACGGAGCGGCCCUCGCGGCGGGAAGUUCGGAAGGUCACCUGGUGGUGAUAAACGCCGAGAAUGGGGCAACCAUGCUGACGAUUCGUGUCUGCGGAUCACCUCUGAACAGUGUGGAGUUCAAUCAAGUUGGGGACAUGAUUGCCAUCGGAUCACAGAACGGAAGCAUCUAUCUUUUCCGCGUGUCGCGUGAUGGUUUCUCAUACAAGAAGAUCAAUAAGAUUCGUGGCUCACAGCCACUGACACACCUUGACUGGAGUUCCGAAGGCAACUUCCUCCAGUCGGUGACGGUAGAUUUUGAUCUGUUGUUCUGGGAUGUGAAAUCACUCUCGCCCGAGAAGAGUCCCAUCGCUAUGAAGGACGUCAAGUGGAUGACCAACAAUAGCACGGUUGGAUUCCUGGUGGCAGGCAUGUGGAACAAUAGGUAUUACGCAUCGCCGGCGAAUACCAUCAUCACUACGACGUCGCGAACUGUCGCCCAGGAUCUCAUUGUCAGCGGCGACGGCGAUGGCUAUCUGCGUCUGUUCCGUUAUCCCUGCAUUACACCCCGAGCCGAAUUCACCGAAGCCAAAGUAUACUCGGGAACGUUGGCUUGCGUGAAAUUCCUGUACGGCAAUCAUAGUUUGGUGACGGUCGGUGGAACCGACGCGUCCCUCAUGAUUUGGGAGCUAACCGAAGAAUAGCCACUGUGGCCACCGUGGCGUACAGGUGCCGCGCCACAGUCCCCAUCACCAGGACCAGCAAUCAGCCGAUGGCACCGAGGAUGAUGAGCUAGAGCACGAAGGAGACGACGAAGGGGAUAACGAUUCAGACGGAUACGGCGGUGGUGCUGGUGGUGGUGGUGGUCUUGGUCUCGGCCUCAGCAGCUCCGACCAGUACGGGCGUACGAGGCGUCGUCGGACACGCUCGUCCCGUCGAGCCCCGCCAAGUGUUCGGGCCGUCGCCGCCGUCGAACCGUUCCCCGUCUCACCGCUGGAAGACGAAGAGGGCGAGGUGGAGUACGCAGUCCUGCUGCCGGAUUCGUUUGCCGUUCUAGACUCAUCAUUUUGAGCAACUACAAACCAAUAGCCUAAGAAACCACAAACCGAUAUUUGGGUUGAUUUCCAGCAUGCCCCUCGGCCUUUUUUUUCACAGGCUCGGGGUCUGUUAGAGUCAGCUCAAAUAUUUGUUGGAGAACAGUGCCACGCUGAAUCGGCAAAAAACGGUCCCGACUCUUUCCAAUUUCUUGUAAUUUUCUACAUAUGCCAGUGACCAUGGUCUAAAUGACUUAUUUCAUUUUCACGGAACAAUUCUAGUUGAGACUACUUUCUUCAUAAAGUGCAUGUUUGUUGGCACAAAAGAUCAGAAGUUCGAAUCUAAAAUAUAAACGGUGUUUACUUUUCAGAAAAAUGAUAUACCUUAAAUAAAACAAAAGAACAACACUGGCACUCGAACUCGGACUCGGGACCUCUAUUCCAAAACCGGAUAGAAUUUGAAAUUAGCACGAUGUUGCAUUCUGUAACCCGAACGAGAUCUACUUCUGAAAUCAAACCCAAUCGACAGAUGCAGAGGUGGUUACAUUGGUUACAUUGUUACGGGAAACACCUUAUAGUCUUAUUGUAAUUUUAUAUUAUUGAUAAAGGUUUAACGGAAAUGCUAGGAAAAUUAUAAACAAACAGUUAAGUUCGGAUGAGAAAUACGUGUUCAAAGUAUUCGAAUAACACCAAGUAAUAAUUUUCAUUCAUAUUUCAACAAUUUCAAACUGGAUUCGGGCAUAAAUAAUUUCGAAGUUUGUUUCGCGUGAAUUUUUGCAUAUGUCGAUUGGGUUUGCAUCUCGGACGAUUUUUAGAAUGGAGAAGUUGAUCUCGUGCGGGUUGCAGAAUGCAAAAGUCGAUCACGAUCGGAUUGCGGAAUUUCUAAACUCGUUCGGGUUCCGGAAUAUGGGUGAAUGUCUACUUCGAUUAACAGAAGGGAAGCUCCUAUUUUUGUAAGGAGUGUAUCGAAAAGUAGUCUUAAACUUUCAAACAUCAAAAUAAAACGGAAUACAUUCAGAAAGUGUUUACAAAAGUGAAUGAAAAGAAAAGAAAGUGUUUACAAUGAAAUGAAAAAAUCAAGCUUAUUGUAGAUUUCUAAAACAUGAUCGAACCUUAGAUUUAAAUCCACUCAUCAAAUUCUGCAAAGUAGUUUUUGUGCACUUUUCGGACGCUUCCGACCAACUCUUCUUGAACUCUGACAUAUUUUUAGACACUGUACCUUACUUCUUGACCUUGGCCUUGACAAUUGUCCAGUAACGUUUCAUUGGCCGCAGCUGAGAACAAUUAGGUGGAUCGAGGACUUUUUCGACGAACAUGAUGUUGUUUUCCGAAACAUUUUUUGCUUUUUAUAGCUCUUUAGACCAUGAGUAAUUCUAAAAAUCGUCCUAAAAAUGCAGAUUUUCAAAACACGUAUUUUUUAUUCGAAUGAAAGUUUGUUUUCCGUUUGGGUUGGAGGAAAUAUGAGUUUUCCACAGCAAUUGGGAUGUUUUUUGACUCAAGUGUAACUUUCGAAAAGGGCGUAUCGAUUUUAGUAAGAGAAAUCUUUGAUAAUUUGUAUCUCAAAAACUAUGAAUCGUACCGAAAUAGUGCUAUAGGGUAUUAACAUUAAAACGUGAAAAAAAAAUAUACACUGAGAAAAAAUAUUAGUACAUUUUUACUAAAAAAAACCUUUAAUUUGCUAGAACGCAUAUUUUUAAAUUUUUCUUAAUUUUUUUUCAUAUAAAAAGGUCAUGUAGAAAAUUUCAAAAAUUGAUACAAGAUGGUAAAACUAUUUUUGACGUACUUUGUGGAACAUCGAAUUUUUAUUAAUUUUUGAAACUUCGAAUUUUUGUUUGUUAACAAUCAUUUUUAGCCAAAAAUCAUGAAUCCUGAUGUCAUUUAAAACAAAAAAGCUUUAACAAUCUCCUCAAUCUCAAUCGGAGUACUAAUUUUUUUCUCAGUGUACAUUUUUUCACGUUUCAAUACGCAUCAAUACUCUAUAACUCUUUCUAAGACACUAUUUCGGUACGACUUUUAGUUUUCGAGAUAUAAAUUAUCCAACAUUUCUCUUACUAAAACCGAUACGCCCUUUUAAAAAGUUACACUUGAGUCAAAAAAUUCCCAAUUACUGUGUAUUUCCUCCAAGCCAAACGGAAUACAAACUUUCAUUCGAAUCAAAAAUUCUCAUGUUUUGUCAUCUGUCGAUUUCAUUUGGAAUUGCUCCCAUGUCUUUGUUUAAUCCGCUGAAUCAUCCCAACACUGGUUCUAAACUUCUUGGCCAAAUCAAAAAUAGAUGCAGACUGUGAUAUUCCGACAUACAAGGCAUACAACACUGUUAAAUGCUCAAAAUCCAAUAUAUAUUUCUAUUUCAAUGCAGUAAUCAACACACUCUAACUGUCAUCCCAACUACACACUAAAUCUAGGAUACCACACAGACCAGACAACUUCUCGGUCCGAUUCGAGAUUACUUGGUUCAAGUUUUCGUUCAUUUCGGCUGAGAUCCUCGAAAGAACACUCAUUACCGAACUUUACUUCGAUUCGUUGAACACUUCCUGGACAAACUUUGAAUUUAUUCGCUAUUUUGUGGUAACACCCUUUUCGAUGCACCAUUUUGGCCGAAAUUUCGGUUUGGUUUCCAAAUCAAUCCGCGACAUUUCGAAAACAACUUUAUAACCGCGAAUAAAUGAUUUGUAUUUCGAUUUUUGACAUGUAAACAAAGCGUGCUCUGAUUGCACGACAAAAAAUAGUUCACUCGUUUGUGUGUAAAAACGUGUUGAAUGUUUAAGACUACUUUUCGAUACACUCCUUACAUGCCCUUAUGAAAAAACGAUCUCAACUAUAAUUGAUCAUAUGAUAAGCAAAAAUGUCGUUUUUGGAAGCCACCGUCAUAUAGAGAAUUACUCGAAAUAAAAAACAAAUGAAAAAGACUCGGGACAGGCUCGGAAGGCCGAUUCUGCGUGUUAUUGCUUUCUGAAGUGAGCAACAGGAUACAAUCCAAACAACUAACCUACAACAGGAUUCGGUUAGAUUUAGAAAACCGUGUUUUUACCAAAACCUAAAUGGACCGCUACCGUUAUGAGGCAGUAAGGAACCCAGAAACAGUGUAAAGUAUUUUCUAUAAGACAGAAGAAGCACCCAAACACACACACAGAGUCACGUACCCACUAAAAAAAGAGACAAGUGCACUUAUUUUAACCAUUGUUUACAUAGUUCGUAUCGUAAGUUAUGCUGGAAAAUAUUUGGGGCGUCAUAAAGAGAUCGGAUUUUCCCACGAAACAUUGUCGUUGAGAUCUGUCACGUAUUUGUUACCAAAUUAAACAAUAGAUUGUUAACGGAACGUUAUUUGUAGAAAGUUUAACUAAAAUCAAGUUCAAGCUUUUUAGAAAAUUUUUGAUUGUUUUCCAGUUUUCUAUAGUAAAUCCCAAAGAAAAUAUAAAAAUAAAAUAAUUGAAGACAUCUGGAGUCACCUCUUUGAGCAAGAAAUCCAAGAAGAGUGUUCUCUAGCAUCGAAUGUAACUAUUCUUCUGAUAAGCAGCAGGUGCGCUGGAACGCACAUUCCUAUUCCCCUCUCGAAUGACACCAAUCAUAUUUGAGGAAAAAUAAACAAAAUCAAAUCAAUAGAACCAACUGCGAGUGGGAGUUUGGCACCAAUAGAUGUAAUCCUUUCGAUUGCGAAUAUGUGCGAGUGUGUCCAGCUUCCCUCGCGAAAACUUUGACAGCAGUAACAUUAUUUGGAAUUGACUUGCGAGCCGAAGCAAAACAAAAGCAACACUUUUUAUAAACAUGUCAAACUGAGAAGAAUACUGCCAAUAGCUGUAAGAAUACAUUUUUUGUAACAAGAGCGAAGAGAAGGAAAAGAGUUAGAAACGUACACCUUGUUGAAUUCCAGUUCUAAACUUAGCGACGAAUUCAUAAUUUUGUAGACUAGGAUAUUUCAAGGAUCACGAUGAGGAUGGGAUAAAAUUUGUGCGUUGAAGCUGAUGUUUGAAACCGAAUUGUGGUGGUUGUGAUCAUACGAACCUUUCCGAUAGAAAAAAAUUUAAUCAAAAAUACCCAACAUUACUAACGGUUUAGUGAUCUGGAAAAAAACCUAAUAACCUGGGAGUCUACUUCCACACAUCCUCAUUCAAUACAUUGUGGAAACAAGUAGAAUAUUAUCCUAACGACGAUAAAUCAUAUCAGAACAUUAGCUUCGACUUUCUUUUUAAAACUAUGAGAUAUCUUAAUUUAAGAAAAGCAACAGUUGUCUGUUGAAAAUCCAGAAAUUUGUGUUGAUUGCGAUUUAUUGUGAUAAUCAUUUGACAGAGUAUAUAUCCAUUGUUAUUACUUAUAUUAGCAUAAUCUGUACAACUGGUGCAACCGAAACCAAAGCGAACCCCAUUCCAACAAGGAAUUAUAUAAUGUUAUCGUCAGGCAUACACAGCAGCAGCAACAGCAGCAACAACAACAACUAACGACACAUUUGAAUUUUGAAAAUGGAAAUCAUUGACCAAACAAACAAGAAUACUCUCUUUACGUAACUACAUUUAUUCCAGCGCGAAGAAUAACGAUGCGGAGUGUGCAGAUUGAGUGUUGGUUCUACAGACGCGAAUCGAAUGACAUGACAUGUCUUAGCGAUUCCUUCACACGAUAUUUCAAUCCAAUGGAAAUUUUGAACAUACCUACUGCAUGGAACAAUGGAUCUGUAUAAAAACAAAAUUUGAAACCAUGAAAUAUACUAAAA